AUGAGGACGAGGCACCUCAUCGUCGCUAUCAUGUUUGCUCACCUACUGGCUUGUCAUACAGCCAAGAAUAAUCUCAAAGACCCGGAGGAUGACCCGGCAGCUGAGUAUGAUGAAAUGGCGCAUGAGUCGGAAGGGGCUGCAACGCAUGCCGACUCGGCUUUCGAGCAAUACACAGAACGGCUGCAGCAACAGUUAGAGUCUCUGAGGAAAGAGCACGACGAGAUAUUUGGCAGAGCAGACACGAACAAAGAUGGCAUCAUGGACAAAGCCGAGUACAUUGCCUUGCAUCGAGAGGCAGAGAACGUAGAGAAAUCGGAUCGCUACAAUCAAACGGAACUAGACGAGGGGUAUGCGAGUCUGGACAAGGAUCAGAACAACCUUUUGAGCCUUGAGGAGUGGCGGAGACCAUUCGAAGAACACACUGACUCAUGGUUGCACAUAACAGACGCAGAGGCACAGCACGAAGCGCACAUCGCUCGAUACAAGGAAGUCUUCAAUCAAAUCGACAGGAUGAGGGACGGAGAACUUGACUUGUACGAGCUGCAGAUAGAAGUUGAAAACCUUCACGCACGGAGAAAAGCCAUGGAAGAAGAUGAAGACGAGGAGGAGUCUAUCUCAGGUACCAAGGACCGAGUUGUGAAAAUAUCUGGAUCAGAUAUGCUGCUGAUGAUGGAUAUCGACAAGAACGGAAAAGUUUCUUUUGAAGAAUAUUUGAUUGGAAGCGAACUGAUGAACGAAUAA